UCAUAUAGUUGAGUCCCCAACUCCAUAUUGCCCAUAUAUAGUUGAAUCAGCCCAGAGAGAGAGAGAGAGAGAGAUAGAGCGAGAGAGACAUGGCGACAACAAUCCAAGGGAAGGUUAGAACAUCAUGUACCCAGGUCAUGGUGGUUGCCCUACUCGUCUUCCUCCUUUCUGCCUCCUCCAUGGCCGAAGGCUGCAAAGGGAAGAAUUCAUGGCCGGAGCUGGUGGGCAGGGAUGGAUCGACGGCCGAAGCCAUCAUCAAAGCCGAGAAUCCAUAUGUGAAGAUUGUCGACAUAGUGCCGGAAGGCUCUUUCGUUAUUCAAGACUUCCGCUGUGACCGGGUCUUCGUCUGGGUUAAGCCCAACAACACCAUCUACCUUACCCCGAAAAUCGGGUAAAGCACCAUGCAUUGACCUUCCUCCCAAAGUCUGCUUAUUGCUAAAUAAAUCAGCCACGUGUAGUAGAAAUAAGGCUUUUAUAAUGCAACAGUACAACAAGAUGUUUAUUAAUGAAAAAUAAGCCUACAUAUUGGCAUGAUUAUA